AAAAAAAAAAUUGGUAACUAAGAAGAAAGAUGACGCAUUUCGGCCAUUAUCUCCACAACCAGGUCCAAGCAAAGUGUCGACUUCAGUUCAAGAAGAAUCAGAGGAAACGAGACCGAGUACAACAAAUGAAUUAGACUCCACUUCUGAUUCUGAUAAUUCAGUAUCCAGUAAGAUCCAGAAGAUCAACCAACCUCAAAAGAAAAAAAUAUAUUCCCAAAAAUACAAGGCUGAGUGGGAGCAGCAUGAACAUUUUAAGAACUGGGUGCAGCCAAGUUACUGUGGAAGCUAUAUUUUCCACUGCAAGAAAUGCCAGAAAUAAAGGAAGAGAAGCCUAAGAAGGACAAAAAGAAGAUUAAAGUGUACACAAAUAAGUCCAAGAACAAAAGAGAUGUUGAGUCUGUCAUAGAUAACUUGAAAUCGAAAUAUGAGUCUAUUAAUGCUGAAGAAAUAACCAAAUUUUGUGAUUUUCCACUAUCCUCAAAUACUCUCAAGGCAUUGAGAGAAUGUGGGUACCACAAACCAACAGAGAUUCAACGAGAAACAAUUGGUUUGGCACUACAAGGCAAAGACAUUUUAGGAGCAGCUCAGACAGGCUCAGGAAAAACACUAGCAUUUCUGAUACCUCUUUUAGAAAAGCUCUAUACUUUGAAAUGGACAAAAAUGGAUGGUGUUGGCUCAAUAGUUAUAACUCCAACAAGAGAGUUAGCUUACCAGAUUUUCGAGACAUUGAGAAAAAUUGGGCAACACCAUGACUUCUCAGCAGGUCUCAUCAUUGGUGGAAAGGAUUUGAAGUUUGAAAGGAAUAGAAUGGAUCAAUGCAAUAUUAUAAUUUGUACUCCAGGAAGAUUAUUGCAACACAUGGAUGAAAAUCCACUGUUUGACUGUGUUAACAUGCAAAUUUUGGUUUUGGAUGAAGCAGAUAGGUGCUUAGACAUGGGCUUUGAACAAACCAUGAAUGCUAUAAUAGAAAACCUGCCACCCAAAAGACAAACAUUGCUGUUCUCAGCCACCCAAACAAGAUCUGUAAGAGACCUUGCUAGAUUGAGCCUUAAAGAUCCCUCUUACAUAAGCGUCCACGAGAAUUUGGAGCAUAGUACUCCUAAAGGAUUGUCUCAGAGUUAUGUGGUAUGUGAACUAAAGGAUAAGGUCUCAGUGCUGUGGAGCUUUCUGAAAAAUCACCCUAACAAAAAAAUCAUGGUGUUCUUCGCCAGUUGUAAGCAAGUGAAAUAUGUAUAUGAAAUAUUUUGCAAAUUAAGGCCUGGUACUCCCCUUCUCGCCCUCUAUGGUACCCUUCAUCAGUUACGGCGAAUGGAUAUUUAUGAGAACUUCUGUCACAAGCAAUCAGCUAUAUUAUUUUCUACGGAUCUUGCAGCCAGAGGACUGGAUUUUCCAGCAGUGCAUUGGGUAUUGCAAGUUGAUUGUCCUGAAGAUCCUGCUACAUACAUUCACAGGGUUGGAAGGACAGCUAGAUACCACAGAGGUGGAGAAAGUUUACUCAUGCUCCUAGAAAGUGAAAUACAAAUGGUAGAUAAAUUGAAAGAAAAGAAAAUUCCCAUCCAAAAGAUAGAAAUAAACCCAAUGAAAUUGAACAACCCAGUUCGCAAGAUGGAAGCUUUCCUAGCCAAAGACCCGACUUUGAAAGACACUGCUCAGAGAGCAUUUGUUAGUUAUGCUAAGGCUGUGUACCUCAUGAAAGACAAAGAGGUCUUUGAUGUGCAUGCUUUGGACACGGACUCGUUCGCGAGGUCGCUGGGCCUGGCAAUACCUCCCAGGAUUAGGUUCCUGCAGAGGAUGCAUGCCAUGUUGGAAAGCAAGCAGCAGAAGAAGGAAGUUGGUCGAAGUAGUAAUAAUAAAAAGUACUUUAAGGAUAGCGAGGAUGAAGGUGUUAGCAACAACUUUGAAGACAGCGGAGUCAGCAAACCGAAAUAUAUUCCAAAAGAACCUUCCAAAUCGUCCCAAAGUGGGCACUUUCAAACCGUCGAAAAUGACAGUGAGGACGAUGACAUUUUGACAGUCAAACGGAAAGAUCACGACAUCGAUCUGCCCAGCCAAGAGGAGAUUGCAGAGUUGGAUAUGGGUAGAAUUAGCAAGAAAAAGGCUCUAAGUAAGGCCGCUAUGGCUAAGAAGAUUCUUAAGAAGAAGAUUGUGCCUAAUAAGAAAAUUUUAUUCAAUGAAGAAGGUGAGGCUGUGACAUCUGGAAAAACGAAAAAAUCAGAACUUGCUUUGCAGUAUGAGAACGAAAACGAAGGAGGAAUAGAUAUAGAAAAGGCAAAACAAGUACUCAAAGAAGAAGAUAAAUUUGACAAACAGCUUUUCAAGGAAAAGGUGAAAGCCAAGCACAAAGAACAGAAACGAAAAUUAAAAGAACAAAAGAAAAAGGAACGCGAAGAUAAGGACGAUUUUGGCACCAGUGAAAGUGAGGAAGAGCCCGAUUUAUCUUGGCUACCUGAUCCAGAUAAGGUAUAUAACAAUGAAAAUGAAGAAAUAAAUGAAGAGGAAGGCGAAACAGACCGUGAAAGUUCACCGAAUAAGAAGCAAAAACUGCGGAACAAAAAGAAAAAUAAAAAGAAUACCAAUUUUAAUGCUGAUAGUCCAGAGUCAGGUCCAAAAAGGAAGAGAAAGAAAUUGGAAAAAUUGACCUUAAACAUGGAUGUCAAUGAGGCAGAAGAGUUAGCGUUAAUGUUGUUAAAUAAGAAAACUUAAAAUCUGUAAUAAAAUGUUUAUUUAACAAAUACAUAAAUCUACGAAUCA